UGCAACGGACAUGAGAGUAUUAUAACGUAUGUAUGUAAUAAAGUAAUUUCAUAUAUAUAAAAAGACGUUAAUAAAGCUUUUUCAAUUAUCUAAAGAUUGAAAAACGCAAGAAACAAUAUGUUUUUCAUAUCGAAAUUAAUGUUAAUAUUUUUAUUGAAUAAAACAUACGCGUAUAUCACGCAAGAUAUCGAAAGAAUAUUGCUGCCGGCGUGGAACCCGACAAGCGCAGAAAAAAUACCACUAACUCUGAAAGUUUUUGGAACACAAAUUCAGUUAAACUUGCAUAGCAGCGACCAGAUUGUAUCGUCCACGUUUAAAGAAUGGAAAUAUGACGCAAAAAGGAUCACAGAAGAACUGUUUCAAUCAAACGCAUCGAAUCCUUGUUAUUAUUUUCACAAAGAUCAUAUCAGCACAGCGGCCAUAAAUUUUUGUCAAGAACAUGGAUGGGAAGGAUUUAUUUUUCUGAAAAACGACACUUUGGAAAUUAGACCUUUGCGGAAUGACUAUGCGUCUUUGUUCUCAAUCAACGAUCUUUGUGUAAAAGAAGAGUUUAAUAUUUCAUUUGGCAAAUCUUACCUAAUUAAAAGAUCUUUGCAAUCAUCUGCUGAUUCAAGUUUUCAUAAAUUGGACAAUAUGAGACUAAAGCGAGAUCAAAAAACGCAAGAAAAAUUAACUAUAGAAUUGGCUGUUUUUCUCGACGAAGCCGCAUAUCGUAAGUUCAUGCCUUUUCUGAACAAAGAUAAAGAAAUGUUGCGCAUGUUGAUAUUAGCAUAUGUGAAUCGUAUCCAAGCUCUGUUCCAUCAUCCGAGUUUGGGUGUUUCCAUCGAUAUUUCGUUGGUACAUUUAGAAAUUAUGGAAAAACAACCACUAAAUUUACCAGUUUUUGGCAACGCUAGCAAACUGCUCAAUUCGUUCUGCAAGUAUGCAGAAACUCGAAAUCCUCCGGACGACAAUGAUCCGCAUCACUGGGACGUUGGUCUUUAUCUUACCGGAAUAAACAUUUAUUUGAAGAACAGUUAUACUAUGGGAAUAAGCAGAACCAAAACGUGUAAUCUAAUUGAGUCGUGUGCUAUAGUAGAAUUCGGUGUUGCAGAUUAUGUGACAUCAGGUUUUGCAUCAUCUCACAUUGCUGCUCAUGAAAUCGGCCAUGUCUUAGGAAUGGAACACGAUUCCGUUUAUAGGCCACCAUGUGAUAGAUACAAACACAUAAUGUCAUCUUACAAAUUCUAUCAAGGCCAAGUAACAUGGUCCGAGUGUAGUCUUCGUAUAGCUAUAGAACUCUGGAAUACAAAACCGUGCCUUCAAGAUCGUACGAAAAAUUUUGAAGUCGCAUAUAACCAUUCGCGGUAUCAAAAUUUACCCGGAAGAGAAUGGACUGCCAAAGCACAAUGCGAAGUAUAUUUUCGAGAUAAGGAUGCGAAUGUAGUCUCGUUGGUUGAUAUAUGUAAAAGCUUACAAUGCGAAACGCCUCACAAAGAUGGAUAUUACUACACAGGAUCGGCGUUGGAAGGCACUUAUUGCGCAUUCGGGAAAGAAUGUCGCGGCGGAAAAUGCGUGCCCGUUCAGAAACCACCUCUCAUGUAUUGUGAAGUAGAUAACUGGAGUGAAUGGAGAGAAGACACCUGUCGAAGUAGUUGCUUGGAGGAAUCUAAAGGCGUAAGAGUCAGACGACGUUCUUGCAAACAUGGAAUUCACAGAACGGCGAGUUGCGAAGGACCAUAUUACGACGUGGUUCUGUGCAAUGACUCGAUGCUUUGCACUGAAAAUCGCACGGCAAUCUCCGACUUUGCCACUGUGAAGUGCAUCGAAUUUAGCAAUAUUGUAAAAGAUUCAGCAUUCGGGAUCAAACUAGGAGAACAGCCGGGAUGGCAGAUUGCUCAUAAUGUCGAGGAACCAUGGCAAGCCUGUACUAUAUACUGCCAAUAUAAUGAUUAUGUUGUCAGACCACUAGACUUGCAUUUGCCCAAAUAUAAUUUCGUCCCAUACUUUCCAGAUGGAACAUGGUGUCACUAUGAAGGUAAGCAGGAUUAUUACUGCCAACAACAUUAUUGUCUGCCAGAAAACUACUUAAGAGUAAUAAAUGUUUAAGAAUAAUUGUCGAGAGACGUGUGUGAACGAGGAUCGAAAAAAGAGAAAAAUAUCGUAGAAACGAUCGUCAAUUAGUCUAGAAUAAUUGGUCAAUUCGGUUGGUAACAAAUGUUCGAUCGGACAAUCUGUCGUUAAUAUUUGUUUUGCGUAUCAUCCAUACCUUAUUUAAUAAAGACAAAUGGACCAAGAACUACGUCGAAUUAUCAGCAUCUAAAACUAAUUCCGUCGAUUAGCAAUAGUACAAACAUGAAAAAAUAACAAAAAAAUAGUUGGUAAUAUUUAAUAUGUUUACAAAACGCGAAAAUAAGUAGCUAAAUAUAGAAGAGAUAUUUUUAUUCUGUAUGAGAUAUUGUAUCUAAAAAAUGAACGAGAACGAUGGCGUCACUCACUAUGUUAUGUAUUAUAACAAUCUACCAAUGUUUCAUUAAUACUUAUAUAUAAAAUAUUAAUAAACAAAAAAAAUAAAGAAAAUUUUAUUACGUAAUUAAAAAAUAUACAAAAUUAUUUAGUAAAAAUAUAUAUUUAUUUAUCAUUUAAGCUCAUGUGAGCUUCGUAAUCAAAUAGGAAACGACGUCAGAAACGGAAAAAUUUCGAUGUAUUCUCUUAGUCAAUUAGGAAAUCAGUAACCAAUUAUAUUUUGUUUUUAUAACAUAUCUUUUAAAUUGCGCCAGCAAGAUUGUGUUCUAGUCAUUCUAAUAUUGUCGUUAA